AUGCCUCAUUCGCCUACAAACUCUCGCUCGUCGGCAGGCUCACCUGUCAGGGUCAGUUGGCGCUCACCUCAUCUUGCACCCAUGACUGACGAGGAGCAAACGCAGGUGCAGGACGCUUUAAUGGCUACAUUUGAUAGUUGGCUGGGAGCAUUCACGCUCGAGCAACUACGGCCGUUUGGACAGGUGCCCGAGACGGAAGAGUUUAGCAGACGCAACUCGCUCGAGAUGCGUGCCUUGGUCCACCUCAAACGUGAAGCUGUUUCAUUCCCUGUCAACAACAAGGGCAUGCUCGCACACACCGAAGUCGUACUCAUGGCCUUUGAGCCACCGCAAGACAUUGGCGGCGUCAAUUUCGUGAUCAGCAUCCCUGAGAGGUGGUGGAAUGAACGCAGGUUGAGUCCAGAGGACGUUAGGAGUGCAUUACGUGGCGAGGUGGAAGCGCGCCUGCAAGGACGAGACCAGGAAGAAGUGUUCCCCCGGAAAUAUGCGGACGAGUUGCGAACGGAUUUGGAAGAGUGCAUCCGAACGAUGCCCGCAACGACGUUUGACUUCCGACCGGCAUUUGUCACUGCAGACCAGAUGGGCAAGACGAGCGGCACCUUGGAAGACCAUGGAGAAUGGCAGAUCGCAUAUAAAAUUCGUGAUGACAGUAGUGUCCGAAUUAGUCUACGACGGGUAGACGUCGCGACGGAUCUUCUAGUACCCGUAGAGGUGCUAAAACAGUCUCCCGGUGCCGUCCAAGACUGGGUGCUACUCGAGGUGUGCCUAUGA